AUGUCGUUCAACCUAGAAACCCUCAUUCGCCCAAAUAUACGUACUUUGGAGCCCUACAGGUGUGCCAGAGACGACUUCAAAGAAGGUAUACUUUUGGACGCCAACGAAAACACCCAUGGCCCGGCUCUUUCCAAUAUCUCCAGCUGGGAACUGGCUUUGGAGCUUAACAGGUACCCGGACCCCCACCAGUUGGAAUUGAAGCAGCAGAUCGCCAAUUUCAGGAAUUCGGCGCCAAACCAGCUUAUAGAGAGUUCUACGGGAAAGCUCCAGGCAGACAACUUGUGUCUUGGAGUGGGUUCUGAUGAGAGUAUAGAUAUGUUGUUGAGGUGUGUUUGCACGCCAGGCAAGGAUAAGCUCUUGGUGUGUCCGCCAACAUAUGGAAUGUACUCGAUUUGUGCUACUGUUAAUGAUGUGGAGAUGGUGAAGGUGCCAUUGACGACGCCUGAGUUUCAGAUUGACGUGGAUGGUAUACUUGCUAAGCUUACUGGGGACCCAAGCAUUAAGCUUAUCUAUAUCACGUCUCCAGGUAACCCUACGGCUAAGCUUAUUGAUUGUGAUUUGAUUGUGGAUUUGCUUACAAAGGCCCAGCAGAAGUGGAACGGGUUGGUGGUUGUUGACGAAGCUUAUAUUGAUUUCGUGGACCCUAAGGCUGCCAAUACGUCUCAGAGUGUAUCUACGUUGGUUAACCAGUUUCCAAACCUUGUGGUUUUGCAGACGUUAUCUAAAUCGUUUGGUCUUGCUGGUGUCAGAUUGGGUAUUACUUAUUCCACUCCAGGCUUGUCCAAGUACUUGAACGCCAUGAAGUAUCCAUAUAACAUCUCUUCCUUGACAUCUGCAGUGGCCGUGAGGUCUACUCAGGCAGAGGAUGGAUUAAAGGUGAUGCAAAACUACGUGACGAAAAUCAAAGACGAAAGAGCUAAGCUUCUUGAACAGGUCCAGAAAAUCCCAGGCAUUGGCAAAAAUAUCGGCGGUUUGGACGCCAACUUCUUGCUUAUACAGAUCUUGGACUCUGCUGGUGAACCAUCUAACGAAGUGGCUGCGAAAUUGUAUAAUACCUUGGCUGUGGACAACGGCGUGGUUGUGAGGUUCAGGGGCAAAGAGUUGAACUGUACGGGCGCUUUGAGACUCUCCAUUGGCACCGAAGAAGAAAAUAAGGUGUUGUUGGAGAAGAUUGCCCAGUGUCUUCCCCAGUUGAGACAGUAG